UGCAGAGCUGUUCUCAUCUGGUUGCCCUGGGAGUUUCUGUGGUCUCAGUACAACCCGUUCCUCUCUGGCGCAGCUCCUUCCCUCUCUUCCACCCUCUGCGGGUGUGGGGACCUUCUCGCCCCCCUCCUUUCUCUAGCCCAGGGCCCCAGCUGCGCCCUCUUGGGAGACACCCGCUGCCACAUACUCUGGAAGUGAAGCUGGAGAAGAAGGCGGGGGAGGCACAAAGGGUGGAGGCCGUGCAGCAGCACAGCCAGAGGGGCGGCUGAAGGUUGCAUCUGCUGGAAGGAGGCUUUUCAGCUGCCUGGUAACCGGCUGCCAGAACAGAGAGAGAGGGAGAGAGAGGGAGAGGAGCAUAGAGCAGGGCAGCAGCUCUUGACGUCAGGACCAAGGGAGAGGAUCCUGUCAGCAACCCCAGCCCGCCCCAAAGCCAGACCAGCGGACUGCGGGAGAGGAGCCGGACAAGAGGUGCAGGCGGAAUCUGAGUGGGGGGCACAAAAGCCCUUGGCUAGGGCGCAGCAUGCCCCCUGCUCCAGGGCCAUGGAGAUCACCCUGGUUCCCCUGGAGAACGGAGGUGCCAUGACCAUCAGAGGAGAAGGUGAGGCAAGAGCAGGCUGUGGUCAGACCACCGGAGGAGAGCUUCGGUAUCCUCCUAUGGCUGGGCUUAGCGAUGGGCACAAAGAGCAGGCUCCAAGGGGGCGCAGCACACAGAGGGGCACGGACCCAGGAGGGCAACCUUUGCCUCCACUGCCUCAGGAACUGCCUCAGCCUAGAGGGCCCACUCCAGAGGAUGAGGAGGGAGAAGGCGACCCCAGCUUGGGCAUGGUGGAGGACCAGGUACCAGUACUGGGACGGGGGUCCCUUCACCACCAGAGAGUUCUCAUAAACAUCUCUGUGCUGCGCUUCGAGGCGCAGCUGGGCACCUUGGCUCAGUUCCCCAAUACCCUCCUGGGGGACCCAGCCAAGCGUCUGCGCUACUUUGACCCUCUGAGAAAUGAGUACUUCUUCCACCGCAAUCGGCCCAGCUUCGAUGGCAUCCUCUACUACUACCAGUCUGGAGGUCGCUUGUGGAGGCCACUCAAUGUCUCCCUAGAAGUUUUCGCAGAUGAGAUCCGCUUUUACCAGCUGGGGGACGAGGCCAUGGAGCGCUUCCCGGAGGACAAGGGCUUCAUUAAAGAAGAGGAGAAACCCCUGCCCCGUAACCAAUUCCAACGUCAGGUGUGGCUGAUCUUUGAAUACCCGGAAAGCUCUGUGUCUGCACGAGCCAUCGCCAUCGUCUCCGUCUUAGUCAUUCUCCUUUCUAUCAUCAUCUUCUGCUUGGAGACCCUGCCUGAGUUCAGGGAUGAACGUGAGCUUCUUUGACAUACCCCGGUGCCUCACCAGCCUUCUGCCCCCGCCUCAGGGACCAAUGGCAGUGGGGCCAUGGCACCUCCCUCUGGCCCGACAGUGGCCCCACUCCUGCCUAGGACAUUGGCAGACCCUUUCUUCAUUGUGGAGACCACGUGUGUCAUCUGGUUCACUUUUGAGCUGCUUGUGCACUUCUUUGCCUGUCCCAGUAAGGCAGAGUUCUCCAGGAAUAUCAUGAACAUCAUUGAUAUUGUGGCCAUCUUCCCCUAAUUCAUUACCCUGGGCACUGAACUGGCAGAACAACAGCCAGGAGGUGGAGGAGGGGGUGGCCAGAACGGGCAGCAGGCCAUGUCCUUGGCCAUCCUCAGGGUGAUCCGCCUGGUCCGGGUGUUCCGCAUCUUCAAGCUCUCGAGACCCUCCAAGGGGCUGCAGAUUCUGGGGAAGACCUUGCAGGCCUCCAUGAGGGAGCUGGGGCUGCUCAUCUUCUUCCUUUUCCUUGGAGUCAUCCUCUUUUCCAGUGCUGUCUACUUUGCAGAAGCAGACAACCAGGGGUCCCACUUCUCCAGCAUCCCUGAUGCCUUCUGGUGGGCAGUAGUCACUAUGACCACCGUGGGCUAUGGGGACAUGAGGCCCAUCACCGUGGGUGGUAAGAUUGUGGGCUCUCUAUGUGCCAUUGCUGGGGUCCUCACCAUUGCCCUGCCUUUGCCCGUCAUUGUCUCCAACUUUAACUACUUCUACCACAGGGAGACAGACCAUGAAGACCAGGCAACCCUGAAGGAAGAGCAAGGCAACCAGAGACAGGGGUCUGGACUAGACUCUGGAGGCCAAAGGAAGUACAGCUGGAGCAAGGCUCCCCUCUGCAAGGCUGGGGGGUCCUGAGAAUUCCGACAGUAA